UCGGGUCACGUGUCCCCGGCACCCGAGCUGCUCUGCGGAAGCGGAGGAGGAGGCGCGUUAUAAGGAGCGAGGCGCGUUGUAGCGAGGCCUCUCGAUGGACCCCCAGGAGGACGGAGAUCCGGGCGUCGGAGCCGACGUCGUCGUGAUCCGCGAGUAUCAAGACUCGGAUUACCGGGAGGUGCGCGGGCUCUUGGCCUCGGGCAUGGGCGAGUACGCCCCGGCCCUGUGCGCCCACGUCCUGCGCCAGCCCUGGGUCCUGCUGGUCCUGUCCUGCACCUUCUGCUUGCUGCUGGCCAGCGCCCGCUCCCUGCUGCUGCCCGUGCUGGCCCUCACCCUGCUCCUGGCCGCCGGACGCCAGGCCCUGACCUGGGCCUGGGGCCUCUACAUCGCCCGCUGCCUCGGGGAGGACCUGCUGGACGUGCGGGCGGCCUACGCGGAGGAGGCCGGCGGCCGCUUCUGGGUGGCGGAGGCGGGCGGUCGGGUGGUGGGUACCGUGGGGGCGAGGCCGGCCCGGGGCGAGGCCCGGGAGCUGGUGUUGAAGCGCCUGACGGUGCGGAGGGGCUGGCGGGGCCGGGGCAUCGCCAAGAGGCUGUGCCGGGUCGUGCUGGACUUCGCCCGCCUCCGGGGCAGCCGCGCCGUGGUGCUCCACACGGUGGUGGUGCAGCGCGAUGCCCGGCUGCUCUACGCCGGGCUGGGCUUCCGGCCCGGCCCGCCCCAGCUGCUGCCCACCGUGUACGGACGCUUGGCCAACUUCACCGUCACCCACUUCCGGUACGACCUCGGGCCCGAGCCCACGGACUGAGCCCUCACUCGAGCCCGAGCCCCCUCCCCGGCCUCCUUUGGCCCUACGCACGGAGACGAUGAGGGUAGAGGGGCAGCGGCGCCGAGGGAGGGCGUGGGUGAACCCCGCGGGCCUAAGUCAAGGACAGGUCUGCCCGGUUGGACUUGCAACUCACAUCCGCGUCCGGUCUUGAGCAGGGAUGGGGGGGCUUCAGGGGAGGGCGGGGUACGUUUUGGCUGCUUGGCGAAUGCCAGCCCCCUGGUCGCCCUGGCUGCAAGGCCCCAGCUUUGGGGUGAGCAGACCUAGCCCCGCCCGAAGGUACAUCCCCCUCCGACUUACCCCUCCGUGCGGAAGAAAGACGCUACGCUCCUAAGAAUCUUCCUCUAAUCCUCCCCCUCCUCGCUCUCUCCUCUGCCCCCCCGCCCCUGUUGUUCUAUCUCUGGUCUGAGAUCACCGGAGCAGGACGGUAUUGUUCCGGCGUCCUCUCCCGGCCGCUUAGUACAGUGCUCUGCACACAGUAAGUGCUCGGUAAAUACGAUGGAACGAAUGACCGGCUGAGGACCAGGAGCCCGGCGGACGAAGGGUGGCAGAGGCUGGCGGACGCGGUAGGGGGACAGCUGACGGGCAGUAGGGUUGGCACGGAGGAUGGGCCGCAGCUGGGACCCGCGCCUGUGGGCUGAGGUCACCGCGGACCGGACCUCGGGCGGGCGGAGGUCCACAGCUUGAGCCGGGCGCGAGGUGUGCGGACGCAGCAUCUCCUGGGCACUGACAGGUUGGAACUCAUCUAAUGCCCCUCUUCCUUGUCCUCGUUCUGCCUCUGCCUCGAGGUCUCAGGCGAUGCCCGGCCCGACUACUUCUGUGGUUGACUGGUGCCAGAUUCCCCUCCUGCCCCAGCUUAGAGGAGUUACCUGCUUAGGUUCCCUCUCCUCUAGACUGUAAACCCGUUGUAGGCAGGAAAUGUGUCUGUUUAUUGCCAUAUUGGCCUCUCCCAAGUGCUUAGUCCAGUGCUCUGCACACCGUAAGUGCUCAAUAAAUUUGAACGAAUG